AUGCCUUUCUCUGUUGGUCCACCAGCUUACAGUUAUGGUUCUCAGCUCAUUGUCUUUGCUCGGUCCCUCAACGUCAACCUCCAUAUCAGUGUACUAGACGAGUUCCAACUCACUGAUACCUCACCUCAUGAGACCUUGAUCGUCUGUGCUCAGUUUAGGCUGAGUCAACUGAAACAUAGCAUCCCUGAUGAGAAAAGCGAGGCUUUGAUAGCACUGAGAAGUUUGAAUCCAAAAGGAGUGGUUCUUUGUGAGAACAUUAACGGACAAUGCAGUAGUAGAGAGGACUUUGCAGCAGGGUUCUCGAGGAAACUUGAAUACCUGUGGAAGUUCCUGGACUCAACAGGCUCUGGAUUCAAAGAAGAGAACAGCGAAGAGCGGAAGCUAAUGGAAGGAGAAGCAACAAAGGUGUUGAUGAGUUUAGGAGAGAUGAAUGAAGGAAAAGAUAAAUGGUAUGAAAGGAUGAGAGCAGCUGACUUUGCUGAAGAAGCGUUUGGAGAAGAUGCUAUUGAUGGAGCCAAAUCUUUGCUGAGAAAGUAUGACAACAAUUGGGAAGAUGGAAGAUGGAGAUACCUUUGCUGGGUUACUUUGGAAUGGAGAGGCAGUUUCCUUUUGUUCCUUGUGGAAGUAGCUUAG